AUGACCUGCCUCGCAGAUGUCUAUGUGUCGAAGACCCAUAACAAUCUUCUCGGAAAUAAGACGACCUCCGAACUGGGAUUGUGGAACCGUCCCUUUGACGAAAUUUGCAGCUCGGUACACAACACUACUGAGGAGGUCCUGAAGAAUAAGUAUAUGGAACGUAUGGAGAACGCGGCCGGCAGGUGCACGAAGACGAAGAUAAGUUUGAACGUGAAGCCGGAGAAAAAGCCAGUCUUCAAGCAGAGUCGACGAGUCCCGUUUGCGGUACAGUCGUCCGUAGAAGCUGAACUGGAAAGGUUACAUGCAAAAGGCAAAAUUUAUCCUACCAAUUAUCCAGCUUGGGCUGCCCCAGUCGUGGCGGUGAAGAAACCCAACGGACAAAUACGAUUGUGCGCGGAUUAUUCAACGGGCCUGAACGACGCACUAGAAGAUUAUCAUUACCCGCUGUCAACCUUAGAGCAGAUUUUUGCUACUCUAAAUGGAGGGAAAGUCUUUACAAGGAUCGAUCUACCCGAAGCUUACUUGCAAAUUGAGGUGGACGAGAAAUCGCAGGAACUUUUGACCAUUAAUACGCACAAGGGUCUCUUCAGAUACACUCGCCUAAACUACGGCGUGAAAACGGCACCUAGUGUGUUGCAGCAGAUUAUGGAUACGAUGCCUACGAAUGUUCCCGGGACUAUUGCAUAUCUGGACGAUAUUUUGGUUGUCGGUAACUCAGAGGAAGAGCUGACUCAAAGGCUGGACCAAGUUGUGGACAAUCUGAUCGACUACGGCCUUAAGAUCAAUAUGGAGAAAAGUGAAUUUUUGCGGAAGGAGAUCCACUAUCUCGGGUUCAUUGUCAACGAGAAUGGGCUUGCCCCUGACCCACAGAGAGUGAAGGCCUUCCAGAACAUGAAAGUGCCGAAGAACACGAAGGAGCUGCAAUGGUUUAUGGGGUUGGUCAACUACUACGGUCCGUUCAUCACUGGGUUGCACAGUUUAAAACCUCCACUCAGCCGACUUCUGUGCAAGAACGUGGAGUUUGUUUGGUCACCAGAAUGUCAAAACGCAUUUGAUGCCAUAAAGACAAAGAUAUGCGACUCAACUAUGCUAUCGCACUUCGAGGCUGACAAAGAAACUAUUGUCCAGGCAGACGCCUCUGAUUACGGUUAA